CGCGGGGGAUGCUGGAGCCUAUCCCAGCUGUCUUCGGGCUGAUAUUCGGGCAGUAGGCGGGGGAAACCCUGAACCGGUUGCCAGCCACUCGCAGGGCUGAUCACAUCAGGAUUUAGUUUUAGAUCAUUUAGAAUAGAACAAAACAAAAGCACAGCCCCCAUUUUUGAACUAUUUCCAAAUGAGCCUGAUGUAAACAGGAAUGACUAUUAGUGUAAAAGUAAACGAUCAACUGCUUGUUUUUGACCAUGCCGGCUGUGCUAAAGCACAAGCGCGCCUGUGUGCAUUUAAAUAAAAUAAAAAAUAAAAAAUUAUGGGAGAUGCAAACAGUCAGAUGCCUGGGCUGCAAGUUCAAUGUGUUCCAUUCACAACUUACUGCUGUCACGUCAACCAGGUGGAUCUAUUGUUUCAGGUGCUCAUUUGUAUUGUUAUUUUUUUCAAACAACAUGCCUUUUGAUUGGUAUUCAAACAGCAUCAGCCUCAGAUCAGAUGUUAUGUGAAAUGAAUUAGAACUUCAGUGAAAAUGGACUGUACUGUAGAACCUUGAUAAUAGCACUGCGUAAAGAGAAAAAAGGUCUUUCGAGUUAGGUCUGGACACACUGGUCAAUUAAAACGUCAAUGACGUGAACAUACAUAGUAGCAAGAAAAGGAGAGAGUACUUGCAGAACAGCAUCAAUACCUCAAGCUGUUUAUACUAUGGUGAUCCAUGCCUGUGAGUUAAUAUAUAACUCCUGUAUAGUGUGUUGGUCUUAUUGUCUUUUGUAUUGGCAAUAACCUAUGUCUACAUUCCAGUAAAUAAAACCUUUUCACGUCAUUCUGCUUAAUCACGUUUUGUUUCACGGCAGCUAAGAUGUUACAUGCAAGAGCAUGUGCUUGUAUUCUGGUAAAAAUAUGUGCAAAAUAAUGGUGUUCAGGGCGGAUAUUAGAAGCGGUUCGGAGAACGAAUGAAUGAGGCGAAGAAUCGAAAUAGCAAGAAGUCGUCGGGAUUCCCAGGUUACAUGAACACGGCAAAUGUUGCCGUUGGCCAAUGCCAGGGGUCCAGUGACGUCACGGGGUGGAAGACGACAACAGAGCAGGAAUGAAAUCGAGAGGCACGCCUUCUUUCUGAAAGGUUAUAGCAGCUUAUUAAGUGCUGCUGUCGGAACUGCACGAAGAGGCUAAAUAACAAUACCAACAACUACAACUACUCCGACAAAAGCACGUCUAUGACUCAAUAAACAUCGAGCGUAUCCCUGCAGAAAUGGAGCCCACAGAAAUGACAGACUUCGUUAACACGAGCCGUUGAUGAAAGCGAUCGAACAGAACACUUGACUCAGGAAUCGCGUGGUGUAAAAAAAUGCCCAACCAGAAGAACAACAAGGGGAAGAAGAGCAAACGCACUAACAGUAGCGGAGAUGAACAGGAAAAUGGAGCCUGCGCGGCCGCAACAGGAGGCGCGGCCGCGGUUGCUGCUGCUGCUGCACCCGGGAGCGAGCAUUCGGGUGAGGCCCAGUGCGCAACCCCUCUGGGCUGCAGCUUGGGCCGGCCCAUUGACCUGGAGAAGGAUGACUACCAGAGGAUCCAGUGCAACAACGAGCUCUGCUCCUACGGAAACUGGAUGCACCUGCAGUGUUUCUACGAGUGGGAGAGCUCCAUUCUGGUCCAGUUCAACUGCAUCGGCCGCGCGCGCUCGUGGAAUGAGAAGCAGUGUCGCCAGAACAUGUGGACCAAGAAAGGAUACGACCUCGCUUUUAGGUUCUGCUCGUGCCGCUGCGGCCAAGGUCAUCUGAAAAAAGACACGGACUGGUAUCAAGUGAAGCGCAUGCAGGACGAGCGAAAGAAGAAAGCGUCUGAGAAGAGCACUGGAAGGCCGGGGUCCUGUGGAGGGGCGUCCGGGUCCGGGGACAGCGUAUUUGAGGACCCCAAGAAAAGCAAGCCAGCGGGAGGCGUCGGUAAAACAGUGCACAGAGCGUCGAGUCAGGAGCUGCCGCCAAGACAGUCAGUGGACCGCCAGAACUCCGUCGAGAGAGGAGCAGGAGCAGCAGGAGCAGUCUCUCCUUUGAAGUCUCCAUGUGACUCCCCGGGACAGUCACCUCCGACUGGUAUCUCCUUUUCGCCAACUUCUGUCCACGGACCUGGCGGAGUUGGUCCAGGUUUUCGGGGUUCCCGUCAAUUAGGAGAAUUCCUCAAAUCCGCAGUGCACAUGGUGGACGCGCAGCGGAAGCAUCUUUUGGUCGGGGGAGCCCUCAGCCGAGCCUCCGGUUGCAUCGCUCACCUCGACCCGGCAGCCGUUCUACCCUUGCCGAUGGCCUUCACGCUCCCACUUCAUCACCGACACGCCUCGGGCGGCUUAGGCGACGGCACCCUUCCUCAGCCCGUGCAGUUCCUGAGGAGGUUGGAUUUCUCCGAGCUUCUCUCUAGCAUUCCUCGCCAUAAAUUCAACACCUACCAUGUUCGAAUGGAGGACGACGCCCAGGCCGGCCAGGGAGAAGAACUGCGCAGGUUCAUCCUUUCCACACUCAGUGCAUGCCAGAGGAACGUGGUCAACUGCGCGCUCUGUCACCGAGCGUUGCCGGUGUUUGAACGGUUCCCGCUGGUGGACGGCACCAUGUUCCUCAGCCCGUCACGCCACGACGAAAUCGAGUACGACGUUCCUUGCCACCUGCAAGGCAGGUUAAUGCACCUCUAUGCCAUAUGUGUGGAUUGUCUAGAAGGUGUCCACAAGAUCGUAUGUAUCAAAUGCAAGUCUCGCUGGGAUGGGAGCUGGCACCAGUUGGGCACCAUGUACACUUACGACAUCCUGGCUGCUUCACCUUGUUGUCAGGCUCGUCUCAACUGUAAACACUGCGGGAAGCCGGUGGUGGAUGUUCGUGUGGGCAUGCAGUAUUUCUCUGAAUACAGCAACGUGCAGCAGUGCCCUCACUGCGGCAACCUGGACUAUCACUUUGUCAAACCCUUCUCAUCCUACCAAGUUCUCGAGGCUUAUUGACAAAUGUUGUUCCUGCAUGUUAGUUAAUCCUGCGUUGAAGUUGUAUUUUUACAGUUUAGUCAGGUUUAUAUUUUCAAGUGUGAGGAAGAGCUCAAGAUUAGUUGGACGUCUUAGGUUUCCACUUGUACCGUUUUCAACCUGUUAAAAAGUACGCGCAGAGCACCACUCUUGAGAAUGUCCCAAAGAAGGGGUCUCAUGCUGAACGUGCAAGAAAGGUGUCAGAUUAAGUGUGAAACGCAACUAAUUUGUGACAAGUGAAUGUAUCUGUAAGCCAAAUUAGAUGUUUAUUUUUGUCAUAAAACGAUAUAAUUCUUGAAUAAAGUUAAGAUACAUAGC